AUGACGGGUGAAGUGAAAGGAGCACAGUCUAAACGAUGCUUGUCGCGUAAGAAGCAAUCUAAAUCUUGGAAAUUUUCGAAAAAUGAUCACUGUCUUAAUGAAACUGCCAGUGGAACUUACACAGCCCUCAGAUCAAGACAAUCAGCUCUCUCAAGUCCGAAAGAAAGUUCUAAUCAUUUAGCAAGUUUAUCAGUGAUAAAUACUAAAGAUAUUGACUGUGUUGGUGAUGAUUACCUCAAUGCUGAACUAAUCGCAGGGGUGUCAGGAGAGCACACAACUGAUGUGUUUAAUUUUUGUGAGACUGAAGGCAAGGGUGAUGAUGGGAAGUCAACGGCUGUGGAUGAGUUAUAUGGCAGUAAACGCAAGAGGAUUGACACUGAAGAACUUGAAUCUGCAAGCUCUGCUCACGUGUUUAAAUUUAAAAGGACCCGCAAUGCUGUAAAUCUAAAGCAAGCUUCUUUGUGCCUCGAAAAAUGCCAAACUUACAGAUCCAAAACUGUGAAUCCAAAGGAUGCUAAAUCCACUGAUGAGACUGACUUCAGAGAUAAUAUCAAAACUUUGUCCUCAGAAGAUGGUUCAUUGCACCAGGUGCAUGACAUUAAUGUUGUUGUAGGUAACAUUGUAUUAAAAAAUAUGAAUAAAGAGAAUCUGGAUAAAGAAAAUGCAGAUGAAAUGGAUACUGUAUCCAAUGAAGAAACUGCAAAAUAUACAAAGCAUUCUAAUGAGAAGCAGAACUCUUCAAAUGACAGGGUUUGCCCAGUCUGCAGUUUCAGCUUCAUAUCAGCAGAAAAUUUGGAUACCAUAAACAAACAUAUUAAUAGUUGUCUUGACAACUGUUCCGAUAGCAGGGUCAAGGAACAAGGUUCACAAGAAGUGACUUGUGAAGGGAUCGGAGAGGACUUGUAUUUCUGUCAGCUAUGCCAAAAGGAUCUGUCAAGGAUGAACUCACAGAGACGUCAACAACACUUAAACCGUUGUUGUGAUCAGGCCAAUGAAAAGGAAAUACUUCAGUCAAAUUCAGUUCCAUCUCAGGCUCAAUGUCCUAUCUGUGGGAAAAGAUUCAAAACACCAAAGGUUUUUUUGUAUUUUUGGUGUGCUUUUUUUGUUUGUUUGUUUCUUAUUGACAUUAUCAUUUACAAUAAUUGUUACUGGGGUCAUUGCAACUCUAUUUGCCUUUACUUUGAUUCACCUCUUCUUAGACAAUCUCAAUUUCUAAUGAUUGAUUUUGGUAGUCACCAGAUAACUACAUGUAGCUUACAAUGUAAUGGCAGCACAAACUGCAACAUCUGCUGAAUAACAUCAUCCAUCCUUUGAAUAUGAUUAUUGAUUCUCUAAAGAUGUCACUUUAGAUUGUGGUUCUCUAUUUGCUGCUUAUAUGUUCAUGUUUCAAUGCCUGCAGGCUCGCCAAAUACAUCUCAAGAAAUGUGCUCAGCAGUACAAUGUAGAAACAAAUCAGCUGUUGGAGAUUGUGCGUCGGGAGAAACAGCAGGAAGACAAGACUUCUGUAACCACUGGGUCUGCAGAAAAUGUGCUUCCUUCUAGGAAUCCUACUGGAGUGAAAAGAAAAAGGAGAGGUACUGCAGUCAGGGGGUAAGAAAUAUGCAUUAUUCUCAACUUUCUCAUAUGCUAUUAAUUUUUAGAAUAUUCCUUUUUAUUCUUACAAAUAUCUGAGAUGACACUUGCUUUGGGUAAGUGUCAGCAGACAGAAAGCACUUGCCUAGCAGAUUAACUGGUCAGCCCAUGUUAAUAUGUCUACAAACUGACUAGAAAGUAGUUGACAAGAUACAACAUGUUAACUCAAAUCCCAUUAUACAAUUUUAUUAAAAUUGAGUAACAGAGACGGUAUCUGUUGUCUUUCUGUAUUUACACAACAGUUUUGUAGUGAUUGUGGUGUUGUCUUUGCUACUUUCCAGUUAUUUAGGUUUUCAUUGAGAAUUUUUAGUAGCACAAGAAUAGUGUGAACAAACAGGAGAAUAAUCUCAAUCCUCUCUGACAAUUAAAAUUCAACAAACAAUUCUCCACUUUCCAAUUCUAAGUGCAUGAACACCUAGCUAUUUGAAGCUUCACUACAUAGUGUAGUAGACUCCUCAGAACCAUCAGAGUGCAUUAUUGGAUGGAAAAACUGCUGAAAUAGUAGUUUUUUCCUUCCAUUUACCCUUGCACUCUAUAGAGCGAUUAAAAUGGACCUUGGUAGAGAGAGUGAUUUGAACCAGUUUUUUUUCUUCCCUUAGUGACUUUGAUGAAGAAACUCAGCUUGCUUUGGCUUUGUCAGCAUCCAUGGCCCCACCCCUACCCCCACAGGCACAGGCCAAAGGUGUGAAGGGAAAAGGAAAGAAGAUGAAAGGGUAAGAACUGCUAAUAAAGGAAUAUUCAUCACAAAUAAGUUGGAUUAAUUUCCCAGGAGAAAGUCAAUUUACACAGUGACUUAUUUUGUCUUAAUGUUUUCCACUAAUGUAUGUUUCGUGUUUCCUUAGUGGUAGUGAACUGCCAGCGUUGUUGCUUAGAGAUGAUGAAAGUGCUCAAAGAGCCGUUAUGAUGAGAGCAGCUCAGGUUCUUUGCACAGGAGUAUGUUUUAUUUUAUUCUAUUUUUUUAAAAUCAGAAAUUGCUGUACAACCUAAUGAGUUUUGCACCCUGGGGUGACAUUAAGUUAUUUUGAGAGAUUGUUUAGGUGAGGGUAGUCUGUUGUCAGUGAUUGGUGACUCUUUGAAAGUUUGAGUGGAAGCCAUCAUCACAGUCAAGUGUUGGGUCAUACAUAUCAGUGAUAUGAUAUUUUAUCAGAACUUAAUCAAUAAAUACAAUGAGAGAUGAAGAUGAAUACUCACUCAUUCACUCAUUUGCAUACUCAUCCAAUGUUUAUAAUAGUCAGUAAUAGGAGUAAAUCUCCUCCAUGCUUUCAUUUUGAUAUUUGGUCAAACAUUAGAGAACAUUGAAAAAGUUAACAAUGGUCUGAUUAUAACAUGAAAUCCUAGUAUUUUAUAUUUUCUUUUGUAUACUCUAAAGGAAGAAGUUGAUGAGGAGGAUGAAAUAUCAUGCACUCCUGCUCUUGCUCCAAGUCGAUUAGCUCAGAAUAUUCCAAGCAAUCAACUUCUCCCUGGCAAAGAAACACUACGAGAGCAUCCUACUACUUUUGCAAGUACAUCAGAGACCAUCAACAUGAUUGGAUUAGAUUGCAGUACAGUAGAAGGCAAGCACAUGUGUGCAAACAGUGGAAAUAAUGCUGCCAUAAUGAAGGAAUAUUUUGCCUCUGUUGAUCCUUCACUAAGCAGAUCAUUUCUAAAUGUUUUAUAUGCUGGUGAAAACAAUGACAGUAACCCAUGUCAACCAAAGGUAAGUUCUCAAUUUUAUUUAUUAAUUUUUUUUUUUUUGCUAUUUUUACAAAAAUUUGUUCAGUGUUUACAAUGAGCAUUUGCCAGUGAUACACUCUUUGUUAAACAGGCACCAACUUCCAGUCCACUUUGGUCAUUAGCAUCCACAAAGGACCAGUUCUAUCAGGAAUUCUAUGUACAAGGCCUCUUGCCUCCUGCUUCACCAGUUCAGAAGAAUGUUUCCUGCAACACUUUUCAUGAUCAAGUUGCUGCAAAUGCUGCCAUUAAAGAGGAGACAUCAGGCCCUGUGCCAUGUGAAUCAAACAUGCAAGUGUCAGGAAAUCCAAAUGGAGUUGGUGAAUGUGAAGAGAUAACACCAUCACAAGCUAUGAAUGUGCAAAUGUUGAUGGAUCUUUGUGGUGAUGAUGACAUGUCUAAAGUUUUAGCAAACUCCCAGCAGAUGGUAACAGCCAUGGGUUUCUGUUUUGAUGAAAAAGAGAAUCUAAAUAUUCAUGAGGUAAAAUAUGAUCAUUUGUUCAACCCUGAACAACAGUUUCCUUGCCUGUGAGAAAAUGCAUUUAUUAACCAUUUAAGCCUUAUAUUUUCUUUUUGUAACAUCUUUUGGAAUCAUUGACCAGGUCUUGAGAUAAGUUAUAAAUGUUUACUAUUCCUGCAAUACUGUGAAGUGGCAUGGAAAUCUUUGUUAUCUUUCUUCUCUUGAUUAGGGAACUCAUAUGGUCCCCAGUGGAGUUUCAAAAUUGCUUCAAGAUUUAUCAUCCAUGGUAAACAACUCAUGGCUUAGUGAUGUUGUUAUUAAUCUGAAAGAUGGUCAAAAGUUGAUGGCACACAGCUUUAUUUUGUCCCUCAGAUCCAAUGUUCUUUCACAGGUACAUGUCCCAUUUCUAUUUCAUCAAUAAUGAUUUAAUGCAAGAGACCUCUAGUUGCUCUCUUCAUUUGACUGCUACUAACUGAUAGAGUUCUUAUAUGUACCUACAUGUCUAAGAAUACAAGAUUUAUACACUUAAGUAUUAUUGUUUUUAACAAGUGGAAGGUCAUUUACACUUAACAUAAACAUACAAACAAAUCCAUAUUUGCCUGAGAGGUUGCGUAAAAGUGUUCAUUUGAAUCUGCUGUUGAUUCACAAUACCUUCUACUUUGCUUUAGAUGUUGGAGGAACAACGAUCUGGAUGUAAAGAUGGAGGGCUUCUUAAUCUACAGUUUGAGGAAGUUGAACAAUUUAUUUUCGAAGUUACGCUAAGGCACAUUUAUACUGGUGAGGUCAUCAUCCCUGAGCAUUGUGCAUUGGGUGCCUUAACAAAUUUGGCUGAAAGGUAAAACAUUACAAAACGUACUUUACAAAAAAAUUUCAGCGGCAGGGAUACGAAAAUAUUUAUCUAAAAUGUUUGAAUUGUUUUACGCUGUUUGUUUGUAGGCUUGAACUGCCAUGCCUUCUGAAAGCAUGUAAGGACACUAUGUUUCGGUUAAAGCAAGCGCAAGAAAAUAAAGAUGGUGAUGAAAUUAGUGAUUGCUUCGUCAUUGAUAUGAAAAAAUUUGAGCAAGAUAUUGAGCAAGUUAUUUGGAAAAGUGAUCAACACAACGAUUUCGGCUUGGAUGAAGAACAGGAAGGUACAACUGACCAGUUAAACGAUGAAGACAUCGAAGAGAUAAUGAUUUUCCAAACUCAAUCACUUCAAAGGGAAGGGAGUGAAAAUUUGAAGGAGAGCUCGAAAAAUCCAUUAAGCCUGAAUGAACAACAGUCAAGCAAGACAGAAGCAGAUUUGACAGGUAAUUAUCGAAGCAAGUCUGUUGAAGAAACAUCUGUGGAAGAUUCAAAUCCUUCUGCGUCUAAUGGAAAAGAAAGUAAGUUGCAAACACUCUCCAGAGAUGAUAAUCCAUCGUAUAUUACUAUUGAAGGUAGUGAUGCGUCACCUAAUCUUCCUGAAGAAGAUGAUUGGUCACGUAGUCCUGUCAAACAGACAGGAAAAAAAUUGCAUGAUGAUGCUGAGAAAGGAGAGAAGCUCAAAUUUAAUGGCUCAUAUGCAAGAGAAAGUAUCGUUGAGGAAGAUAUAAGUACCAAGAGGGAACAUUUAUCCCUUCCAAACGAACAAAGGGGAAAUAAACUACUUCACGAUCACUAUACAUUGACAGAGUCUUGCGAGAAUGAUACGUUUUCACCUGACACUUGUAACAAACUUGUUACAGGCGGAGAAAUAAUCAGCAACCCGGACGAUGUCGAGGUACAGCGGCAUGGGAUAAGACAAAUUUGUACACUUGAAUUGGAACAGUCCGUUGAUAGUAAUGACAAAUUACACCUUCCUGAGGAAUUUUUGGAAAUUGAUGUUAAUGUGGAUAAUUAUCCCGAGAAUGCCGAUAUCUAUAACGUGUCUACAGAUUUGUUAAAUGAUGCAAAUCAAGUCAAUCAUGAUGACGCAGGGGAACUAGAUGUAUCAGGUGAACCAGAUGUAUCAGGUGAAAUUCAACCAAAUUGGUGCCAAGAUCUUAACAUUUUGGAGGAAAGCUGCAACAAGCCUGGCUGUGCAAAUGUGUUUGUACUGGAAGAGGAAGAGAAGCGGGAAAAGGAAGACUUGCAGGGGUCCCCUGGGAAGGUACCUUUGUCAGACAAUGAGGAAAGUGAAGACGACACUGUGGAAAUGGCUGCAAAUGAAUCGAUCACGUUGAUCAGCGACAAUGAGGAAGAGGUUUGUUGUGGUGUGUUAUUUCAAUUCUAGAACUUAGAGUAGUGUCUUUAGGAACAGUCAUCGCAAGAAAGUAACGAACAAGUGAUGCAUACUCAUCUUCGAGAGCAAUUCGUUUCCGUCAGAGUUGUAUUAGAGUCGAAGAAUACACAUUUAAUGCAGUGGAACGAACACGUAAGCACUUUGUUCCUCUUCUGACUUUAUUUUCUAGUCAGUAAAAUAGAAGCUUUCUUUGCAGUGGCUGAGUACCAGAAAUGAGUAGUGGUUAGAUUUUUAUAUCCUUCAAAAGAUUUGUUCGACAGUAGAUUGCCCCCUGAUUUUGUGAUAUGUCAUUUCUUGGCAGUAUUGAUGACAAAUUUGUUCAGUUCGUAUUUGUGCAUAAUGUAAUUUCUAGGUCCUCGAUGUGUCUCCUCGAAAAACUGAUGUGACUAUCGUCCCAGAGACACCUCAUGGAUGGGGAAGCACCUCAACUAAAUUCCUAUCAACAACCUCUGUCAGUGAAGAAAACGAUGUCAUUGUAACUGGUUCCUCUCCGUCCAAAUCACGUAGACAAUUGAGCGAGGAAGCAAACCAAUUUCUGUCCAAACUAAGACAGCGUGCAGAACGUAGUAUAGGAAAUAAGCAAGUGAAAGAAAAGUCAAGACGCAAUGGUGUGACUAAUAAAUCUUCGGUAAAAAUGUCAGCCAAUCGUUUAACGACCACAGAGAAGUCUCUUGGGAAACGAGACAACCUAAGUGAACCGACUUCAUUAUCAGGAAAUGUAGAGACUUACAAUGUCUCACCAACACGAGUGACCUUGUGGGGUACCAUGUCCGCUAGUGUUUCCCCAGUGCGAACUCCCCCUAGGGGUUCAAAAUCCCUCAAAGGCUCUGAGAACAGUAGUUGCUCGCCUGGAAACCUCAACGAAGAGUAUGUUUCAGAAGGGGUCGAGGUUGGAAAUUCUCCUUCUGUUUCCCCAUUUGUAGACGAUGACGUAGUGCAGACUUCUGAAACUUGCAAGAAAGCAAAAGAUAAAUUGACAUGUCCUUCAGAGAGAAAGGAAAUUUCAGGGGAAAAAGAAUUCGAAUCCAGAGGACCCAUCAAUGAUGAAAACAUAGAAUUUAACGGAGAUGAGUUAGAUGAUGGCAUUUAUCGAGACUUUCCUCUGUCAACUUCAUCUUCUCCUGGCAACAUUAUGUCGCAGCCAGUCCCCUCGCCGAGCUAUUAUUUCUUUGAUGCCGUUUCGUCUCCAGACUCCCCAGUACCUUGCACUUCCCCUCCAUCACAACAGAUCGCCUUAUCACCUGAUCUUGACUCGCCCAGUCUUCCAGUUGAUUGGAAGUCAUCAGCAGCCACAAGAGGAAUGGGUUCUAGUCCACAAUCACAAUCUCCAGUGUCGCCUUCCGUUUGUUCAUUUAGCUCGCAUCGUGCGUUCAGUCGACAAUUAGAGAAUGAGAGGAACCACUCUGUGAAAAAACUGGAGUUCGAACAGAAUUCAGAUGACAAGGAAAAGCCACGAAAGACAGAAGUGGUGAAGAUUGAUCUUGACGUGCCAUUGAGAGAGAGACUAAAGGCCGCACGCGUUGGUGGAACUAAUAUGUUCUUUAUUAGCGAUGCUGAUGAAGGUGACAGCGAUACAGACAGAGUUGAUAGUUAUACCAGAAAUGAAGACAAAAGCGGUGAUGAGCAAGAAAAGAACUCCUCGGCUAAAGAGGAGCAGCAAACAGAAAGCGUUUCACUUGGUGACGAGUUUGAUUCCUAUGACGAUGGGGGCUUCAAUGUUGACAUUGAUGAAGUAAACAAACUUGAGGUCUUAAAUGUUGAUAGCGAUGUAAAAGCAACGGAAAAGCGCCAUUGUGAUAAAGAUGUAAAGGAACACAAUCUGUUGGCGCAAGUGAAUGCUUCAAUGACGAGUAAAGGCAAGAGGAAAGUUCCUUCAAGUCAAGGAAGAGUCCGAGACAGUGAUAGCAACAAUGAAGAUGAUGAAACUCCGUCAAAGCGUAGGAAAAAGUCUCACAUUAAGUCAAUCAGGCAGGUAGAACAGAAGGUGAAACAACCAGUAACACCCAUGCCGAACUACAUCGAGAUGGCCACCCCAGUAUUAAAGGUAACAACUUAAACAAAUUCAUUACUAUUAAGAGAUAUAAUAAUUUAGAUUGGCUCAUAUCCAACACAGGUUUAGGAUCAUGUUCAACAUGUGCUUCACGAGUGCGCAGUGAUGUUGUCACUGGCUCUAGUAAGCUUAGACUCUCAGAUUAUUUUAACAAAGAAAAGUAACUACUUAUGUUUUUGCUUAUAUUUUUUUGUAGAGUGAGCUGUAUAAGUUUGGUGUUCGUGCUCUCCCGAAGAAAAAAAUGAUCUUGAAGCUUAAAGAGAUCUAUGAUUACACACAUCCAAGUAAGGCAACAGUCUCUACAGUUAACAAUAGUUGCUCAAUUUUAUCAAUAACGUGACCCUUGUAAAAGGUAUAUCCGUUUUAGUACGUUCCCUUCUCUUUGAAAGAUGAACCACAUACACAGGGGAGUAAAACAUCGCUUCCUAAUGAUGGAGUUGAAGAAAGUGGAAAUGCAAGCAGUGAUAACAGGUGAGAACGUUUGUGUAUUUCUACCGUCAGUGAAGAUAAAUAUUUCUUCUUACUCCCGUGUAGCGUACAGAGUUUAACGUCAUCCAGAAUACUUAACAUUCCCACGUCAUUCCCAAUCAGUCCCGCUAGUAAUGUGCUGUGUGGAACUCGACUGCCAUAAAUGGCUUAACGUGUGUUCACUUCCUUGCUCCCGGUAAUUUUUUAUUGUGGGACUUUAAACCAUUUCAAGUGCUGCACAACCUCACUUUCAAAAUCGGGCUAAACGCAAAGCCUUUUUGUGAAAUCAGUUUUAUUUGCAUAAGGGUUAAAUAAUGUCUUUUUAUCAACUUGAAAGCGCUGCACUUACCUGCGCGUUGAAGCAGAUGCUUUGUUAAUGUUCCUCUGGGAUAUGGCCUAUUGUCUUAGGGAAUUAGUUAAUACUUUUUUUUUUGUCUUUUAAUUUUUCUCCAGCUGCACUGUAUAAUCUUUCAUUUUGUGUUUGUUUGUUCAGUGAUCAGGAGGAUACAGAAUUUGGAGACUGCACUACUCUUAUUGAAGAUGACGUCAUAACAGCAUCUCAGCAGGUACAAUUCUUCUCGAAAACUUGAGGUUGUGAUGCUUGAUAACCCAAUUGGAAUAAAACGCCCUUAAUUAACAAGAAUAUCUUACAACUGAUUAUAACUAAAGAUAUCGCGGAAUGGAAAGUUUAUAAGUUUGAAGGAAAUGAAGCUAUAUUUUGUUAAAACAUAGAGAUGAUUAUUUCAGUGUUUCCAACAUUUCCAAUUUUUCCCUUUCCUAAAAGAUCAACGGAGGAGAUCUGAGAGAGAAGCUGGCUUGUUACAUCCGUGAUAACAAAGAGCUCUACCAAAAAGUCUUACAGUUUCAGGUAAAGCACAGAGAUCUCUAAAGGGAGAGGUGUUCAAAUCUUAACAAGCCUUAAGUUAGAUAUGUUACGAGUGAAUAAUGUUAUUCUCACUCUCAGUUGUUGAGAUAAAAUUUUCAGAUUUGACUUUCUGUUGAGUAAGAAGUUGAUAUUUAUAUCAUUUUCUGGUUCUCCUGUGCGUUAUUUUUCGAGCGCGGAGGGAGAAUUAGGGACGCGUCUUUCCUAAGUUUUGAAAAGAGCGGAAAAGAGAACUGGUCUCACCACGCGCAUAUUUCAUGUGGCACUUGUCUGUUUCCUCACAGCCAUUAGAGUUAGCUUCACUGCAUCAACAAAUUAAAUCUGACGGCAUCAGUUGUUCUUUGGGAAAACUUGUGGAUUUCCUCGACCAGCAGGUGAGAAUAUUCGUAAUAGUUUGCCUCUGAUUUUCUUUGUAGAAGAGCUGAGGAUUGUAUGUAUUUGAGAUCUUUAAACUUUUGAUUUGCAAUAUAAACCAGUGAGAAGCAUACAAAACAAACUUGUUACCUUUGAAUGUGAUGGGGAAAUUUUUGUCAAAUUGUAUGGCUCACUUUUCACGGAGUUAAGAAAUAUAGUUAGUGGGAGUGGGAUUGAUGUGUGAUACUGAUUUUGCAUUUACAAUAAGUCUAAUGAUGAGAUUCUUUCUGUGGUUUUUUUUUUUCUACCCGGUUUCCUGUUUGUGACAUUAGAAAUGGUUGUAUUUCAGUGCAUCACGUUCACCACUGCUGGUUCAAGACAACCAAGGAGACGAGGAAGAAAAAAGAAGUGAAAAUUAGGUUAUGGAUGAGAACAGGAAAAACCAAUAGAAUCAUCAGUCAAUGUUAAUUAGCCGGAAUUUAAUAAUUUGUUUUUAUUUGAUAUCGUGCUGUUAAUUGGUUUGAUACCGAUUGCUAAUAUGUGGGCGCCCUAAAAAAAACCUUGAGAUCAUGCUCAUGUUAUUAAUCAAACCUUGUAGUACUCUGCAAUGAAACAAGGAAAGUCUCUAAAUUAUUCUUGUCGUUUUCUUGAUCUUGAUUGGUUGAGAUUAUGGAAAAACACGUGUAGGUCGUCAGAAAGUCAAUCGAAAGAAAGAGACCUUAGGAUGGUUGUAUAGCCGGAUAAUUAAGAACAACUCCCCAAGUCUUCUUGAAUGGUAAAUGAUUAGGGUUCUUGUAUUUCCUGUUGGGAUAAGUGAGAGAAGUGUAGAAAGCAUCUGUUUUGUCUAAAUAUACUCAACAAAAAAGACAUUUCGAAAGUCGAAAUUUGGCCAGGGGCAGUAUAGUCCACCAAAGUUUGCACGUGUAAAUAUUCAAACUAGAAAUACUGUUUCGAAUUCGUUACUUUUCAUAGUACAUGUAAAAUCCAUUGUUUUGUGCGAAAAAGGUUAUCAACUGAUCAAUAUUAAUAAAAAGCGUUGACACAGUC